UACACCUCAAGUGGACCUCAAGUGGACCUCAAGUGGACCUCAAGUGGACCUCAAGUGGAUCUCAAGUGGAUCUCAAGUGGACCUCAAGUGGACCUCAAGUGGAUCUCAAGUGGACCUCAAGUGGACCUCAAGUGGACCUCAAGUGGACCUCAAGUGGAUCUCAAGUGGAUCUCAAGUGGACCUCAAGUGGAUCUCAAGUGGAUCUCAAGUGGACCUCAAGUGGAUCUCAAGUGGAUCUCAAGUGGACCUCAAGUGGAUCUCAAGUGGAUCUCAAGUGGUAGUAGUGCUCCAUCCGACGACCACUAG